CUCCACAGUCGCUUAGAAUGUCGCAACGAAGCGACGUCCAUUUCUAAAAUAAUAGUUUUAAUACUUAAAGCUUUCUUUAUUCUAUUUCCUAUCACAGUGUACAUUUUUUUUUAAAUUAAUUAUAAUGGUGAAAUUAUUAUGGAUCGCAUUUCUAAUUGGAAUGGUGUCCGUUUUGGAUGGACAAACCUUGGGCGGUCCAAUGCACGGUAAAGUGGUGGUCUGCUACAUCGGCACGUGGGCGACAUACCGUCCGGGCGACGGUCAGUUCGACCUAGAACAUCUGGAGCCCUCACUUUGCACACACAUCGUCUACUCCUUCGCAGGACUUGAUGAGACUACGUUGGGAAUUAAGAGUUUAGAUACUUGGCAUGACUUGGAAAAGAACAACGGCAGUUCAGGCUACCGAGGCCUCGUGGCGUUGAAGAGGCGCUACCCUCAUCUCAAGGUCACCAUCGCUAUCGGCGGCUGGAAUGAGGGCUCCAGAAAGUUUUCUACUAUGGCAGAAACAGCAGAGAAUAGAGCCAAGUUUAUUAAGAGUGUUCUCGUCUUUCUUGACGUAUACAAAUUCGACGGACUCGACUUGGACUGGGAGUACCCGGCGAAGAGAGACGGCAGGCCUAUUGAUAGAGCUAACUUUGUUUUACUAGUAAAGGAACUGAAAGAAGCUUUCGAGCCCAAAGGCUACCUACUGACAGCUGCGCUCGGUGCGGGCAAAGAGACGAUGGACGCAGCUUACGACAUGCACAAGCUGAGUCGUUACCUAGAUUUCAUCCACAUGAUGUGCUACGAUUACCACGGCACUUGGGACGGUGUGGUCGGUGCUAACGCGCCACUUAGAGGCACUAGCGAUGAUGAUGUACUCAGUGUGGAAUACACUAUUAAGUACUUGUUAGAGAACGGCGUCAGUCCCUACAAAAUGGUUCUCGGGGUGCCAUUGUAUGGCCGUACCUUUAUUCUCAACAAUGAUGCCCAAGAUAUUGAAUUCGGACGCACGCCUGUUCAGCAAACUGGUUUCAAAGGACCGUAUACAAGAGAGGCUGGCUUCAUGGGAUAUAACGAGAUCUGUAUGGAAAUAACGAACAAAUCAUCAAAAUGGACUCACCACUGGCACGAUCAAUCCGCCACUCCAUACUUACGUGAUGGCAAACGGAUAAUCACCUAUGACAAUACUAGAUCCAUCGCUAUUAAAGUCAAAACUGCCAUGGAGUACAACCUGGGCGGCAUCAUGGUGUGGAGUAUAGAUACUGACGACUUCAGAGGCUUAUGUGAGAAGGACAGGGAAACUGAGACGUAUCAUGAAUUUGUACAAUCUUACAACCGAAUCGUCGACGACCCGAUUAUGAAGAAAGCUUUAAAAUCUCUCAAUCUACCGGAUGGUGGUCGCAUUGAAAAUUUGAGUCGACAAAGAGCAUACGUCCUGUCAAACAACAAACUCCAGCUACGUCUCCCAACUUCGCAGUACCCCAACUACGCUCUAAUGCACGCUAUCAAUGAUGCCACUACUCUAGCUCUAGAAGAGAAGAGAAUAUUAGAUGAAAUGAACAGAGUUAUGAAGCAGAAUGAAAUACCCGAUGAACCGGAUUCUGCAAAUCGUCUUAGUAUAAAGCCCAUACGCAUUAUUCAAUUAGCCGAGAAGCGGUUAGCCGCAGCCAAAAAUGUGAAUGAAAAAAAAUAUUUUAUUCGCUCUACAACACGUCCGAUAAAUCACUCUGGUCGCUUGUAGCGCAAAAUACAUUCACAAUACAUAAGUAACAUGCGUACGAGUAUGUGAGUUUCCUGACGUUAUUUAUGUGUAGGUUUAAUAUGUAUAAAUUUCGUCAUUGGAUUUAGUUGGUUAUGAAAACAAUGUAUUAAAUAUUUUAUAGAACCUAGUAAUAAUUUUAGUAAGCUCCAUCCUUAAUCUGUCCAUUAU